AUGAAGUACAUUGUGGUAUCUGGAGGCGUCAUCUCUGGGGCAGGAAAAGGCAUUGUCGCUUCAAGUGCAGGUCUGCUACUGCAAAGCAAAGGGUUGAUCGUCACCGCCAUCAAGAUAGACCCCUAUAUCAAUGUCGAUGCGGGGACUAUGAGCCCACUCCACCAUGGAGAGAUCUAUGUGACAGAUGAUGGGGGUGAAAUAAAUCUUGAUAUCGGGAGCUUCGAGCGUUAUCUUUCCAUCACUCUCCAACGUGAUCAUAACAUCACGACUGGGAAGAUCUAUCUAGACAUCAUUUCUAGGGAGCGGGUCGGUGAUUAUCUAGGCAAAACUGUCCAGGUGGUGCCUCAUGUCACCAACGCCAUUCAAGAAUGUAUCGAACGGACCGCAAAGAUACCUGUGGACGAGUCCCAGGCCGAGCCGGAUGUCUGUAUUAUCGAACUAGGCGGUACCGUGGGCGAUAUCGAAAACUCACCCUUUAUCUAUGCUCUCGCUCAACUUCGAAAGAGGGUUGGCAAAGAGAAUUUUGUUCAAAUUCACGUAGCUUAUGUCCCUGUCUUGCCGCCAGGACCAUCUGGGGAGCAAAAGACAAAGCCAACUCAAAGAUCUAUUUCCGACGUGCGCAGCGCUGGAUUGAACCCACUUCUCGUUGCAUGCCGCUGCGAAGUGCCAUUAGAGCCCGCUACUAUUGAGAAAAUUGCCAAUAUGUGCUCAAUGGAACCGGAGCAGGUCAUUUCCGUACACGAUGGGUCGACCAUUUAUCACGUACCGCUCCUUCUCGAGAAACAGAAUCUUCUCGGCAAGCUCUGCGAGUACCUCAAACUUCCUUUCGAUCGAAUACCCAGUCGUCAUAUAGAACAAUGCAAGCACGUGUGGAAUGACUGGGUUCAUCUCAUUCAAAGCCAACACACUAUCAUCGACACAGUCUCGAUCGCCAUUGUGGGAAAGUACACGUCCAAUAAAGAUGCCUACCUCAGUGUUUCCAAGUCAAUCGAGCACGCGGCCAUGUACUGUCACAAGAAAGUCAAGAUUAUAUGGAUUGACGCGGCACAUCUCGAGGAGGAGACCUAUCAAGACUCCCCAGUCAGAUAUCACAAAGCCUGGCAAGAUCUCUGUAGCGUCAAGGGCAUUGUCGUGCCUAGUGGCUCUGGUACCCGCGCCACUGGUGGUAUAAUCAAAGCGAUCACAUGGGCACGAAGUAAGAAAAAGCCAUUCCUAGGCGUAUGCCUUGGGAUGCAACUCGCAGUGGUCGAAUAUGCCCGCUAUGUCAUGGGUAUCCCGGACGCUGGGAGCCAAGAGCUCCACCCGGAAUCCAAGAACCAUGUAAUUGUUUACAUGCCUGAACAUAAUCAGGAGAAUGGCAGGGACACCAUGCGUCUUGGAAAGCACCUAUGUAUCUUCAAGGAGGGUACAGAGUGGUCUAAGCUGCGGUCUUUAUAUGGCCCCACGACUCUCCAGAUUGAGGAACGUCACCGAAACCAGUACGAAAUCAACCCGCAAAUGGUUGAAGAGCUUGAGAAGGCCGGUCUUGCUGUUAUUGGUAAAGAUGCCACGCACAAGCGCGUCGAGAUUGUGGAGAUCCGUGAUCAUCCCUUUUUUCUCGGUGUGCAAUUCUAUCCUGAAUAUUUGAGCCGUGUGUUGCGACCUAGCAAGGUUUUUUUGGGCCUAUUUGCUGCUGCUGCCGGGUGUUUGGAAAUGAUUCCCGCGUCAUUGCAACAAGGCCAUCGGGGCCUCAUGGAAGAUCAUUAA